AUGGUGCUCUCCUUCAUCCUCAUACAGAACCGGCAAGGGAAGACGCGCCUUGCGAAGUGGUAUGCGCCGUAUAGCGAUGAGGAAAAAGUCAAGUUGAAAGGCGAGGUCCACCGCCUAAUCGCGCCCCGCGACCAAAAGCAUCAAUCCAACUUCGUCGAGUUCCGCAACACCUCCAAGAUCGUUUACCGGCGGUACGCAGGUCUCUUCUUCUGCGCAUGCGUCGACACAAAUGACAACGAGCUCGCGUAUCUGGAGGCGAUACACUUCUUCGUCGAGGUUUUGGAUGCAUUUUUCGGGAACGUGUGUGAGCUGGACUUGGUGUUCAACUUUUACAAGGUCUAUGCGAUCUUGGAUGAAGUCUUCCUUGCGGGAGAGAUCGAGGAGACGAGUAAACAGGUUGUGUUGACGAGGUUGGAGCAUUUGGACAAACUGGAGUGA